AUGGAGGAGAUGCAUUCUGAGAGUAUGAUAAGCGGAAUGUUUACCGGGACGGGCUCAUGCAGAUCAGUUUCUUAUCGGGCCGGCCGUGGCCCCGCACCUGCUGGUCCUGAAACCCUCGCCGGGUCCCUGGGUGCUGAGCACUCUUCAUUGGACACACGCAGCACCUCGGCCUGUGAUCCUUGUCGGAGAUACCCCGAGAUCGCACCACAGGCCCCCCCACAAGCCUCCCAUUCAUGCCCAUUCACGCCUGUGCCUGCAGCCCAUCUCGGCAUGAGCCUCAGCCCUGGGAACACGUUUGGUGUUGUGCUGUCAGGGGAGGCGAAGGCAGAAAGAGAGGCUUCACCGGCCGCUCUGCUGGAAUCCGGAUAUGAUGAAAAUGUUUCAGGCUCCACUCGUAAACGGCCGCCGCUGCUCGUCGACGCCGUGCUCGUAUUAAUCCCCUUUGUUAACGACGACUGUCUCAUGUCCAAGGAGACCGUCCUCUCUCCGGACGGGCCGGCGGGAACGGGCCCCGGGCAGGAGGCUUGCCCCCUGCUGUCAGCCUCUCACGAUGCUUGUGACAGUGAAUCAUCGGGAGGAACAUCGUCUCCCAGGAAACCACCCGCUGGAGGACAGAGCCACGUGACAGAAGAGAAGCCUAAUUAUUGCAAGCCUGUAAGAAAGCUUAAUGACUUGUUUACCAUAGUGUUCAGUGACUCGCUGCUAGGUCAUUCUGCGAGGCCCCCUGAUCAGCGGAGGGUGACCAGGGACCGGUGGCUGGCUCCCGUCCAGCCCCACAGACAGCCACAGCCGACACCUCCUCCCCAGCCUUUCCCUCUCAGGCUAGAGCUAAAAUCAAUACAGGCGUCUCUGUGUUUUAAAAGCCACUCAGAGGCAGACGAGCACCCCUGUCCCGAAGGCUGA